AUGAAGGCCAUCGGGCUUGUUGUCGGCGCAUUCGUCGGGACGACAGUCGCUCAUGGCACUGUCUCGAGCUUCAAGACAGACGGCGUCAGCAACGGCGGAUGGCUUCUCGAUUAUUAUUACAUGAUCAAGAACGGCCAGACCCCUCCCAAGGUUGCCGGCUGGUAUGCCGAGAACCUCGACAACGGUUUCGUCGCUCCUGAUGCCUAUCAGAGCACCGAUAUCAUUUGCCACAAGGCGGCCAAGCCUGGAGAGACUUCUGCAAAGGUGGCGGCUGGCGGCACCGUUGAAUUCCAGUGGACCGACUGGCCGCACCCUGGACCUAUGUUUACCUAUGUGGCCAAAUGCUCCAACAACGACUGCACCAAGGUUGACAAGACGAGCCUGAAAUGGGUGAAGAUCGAUGAGGCCGGAAUUGACUACGCUACUCAGGAGUGGGCGGCCACCAAGAUGCAGAAGAAUGGCAACAAGUGGACAACGAAGGUGCCCGCAUCCCUUGCCCCUGGCAAAUAUGUCUUCCGCCACGAGACCAUCGGUGUCCAUGGUUCUGGGUCGGCGAAUGGCGCUCAGAACUACCCGCAGUGUGUGAAUAUCGAGGUUACUGGUUCCGGAACCGCCAAUCCCACGGGUGUUGCUUACAACCAACUCUACACUGCUAGCCACCCCGGAAUUCUCUUCAACCCCUACACUACGAUCACCAACUAUGUCAUGCCUGGACCAACUCUGUGGAAGGGUUAA